AUGAGCAGGGCAGAUCCGACGAUAGCCCGAGCUUCUCUCCCCACUGGCGGCGUCCUUUGGUUUUUCGGCGAAUGGCAGGCGCGAGGUAAGCAACUGACACGAGGGGGACAGCUCAACAGAUCUGACGGUGGUGGAGCUCAUUUAUGCUUUUUCGACGUCUGGGCGGUGGAGUCCGUUGAAGGCGAGCAGCGGCGAUGGCUGAGGUCAUCACGAGGGGGCAGCAUAUCGGCAUUAUCGUCGCCGGCUAGAACCAGUAGAUCUGGGAGAGGCCAAGGUUGUGUUUCUGGACCAUCAAACAACGAAUUGCAGACUGAGGUUAGCGGCCACUAUGUUAUCCUCUACUUCCUGAUAGUUCAAGAACUAGUACUGCGUCACGCAAGUAUUUUGCGAGAAAGAGAAAAGGAUAUUCCGGAAAUCCCAUUAGCACAUUCACUAUCUCACGUGCUAAUGUGCUAUGGUAGUCCCAUUCGUGUACAGCCUCUUUUUAGCGUUCUCCACACAAACCUCGAAGCGGCAAAGCGCCAAAAGCCUCCAAUUUCUUGCGCUCUCCAUCCCCGAUUCUUCCUCCGUUUUCGAUGCAUUCUGCCCCCAAUCGUUCGCAUGGAUUCUGUUGUAAUAAAUUUGCCUCCACCACCCUCUAGAUUCAACCUUCCUAACUCCUUCUUGAGAGUACACAAGCCCAAAACGUUUGGAGUAUCACCCAUCACCGCUUCACAAUUGAAUCACCAAAACCCCUACUUACAAUGCGGAAAUCACACCUCAAACCGAAAACCCUUUUUGCUUCUUGUCCCGAUUUUGAAGAAUUUGGAGGAUUUCGCGUCGAAAAACAACUGGAUUUCGCCGGUGCUUCAAACUCCGGGGGAGGAAUUCGGCGGGGAGUUGUUGCAGAGUGGGGGCUUUGGAAUGGCUUUGCUGAGCAUAACGGCGACGGCGGGGGUCAAAAUUAGUCCAUUCGUAGCUACGCUAGCGGCCAACCCGACAUUUGUUUCCGGGCUUCUUGCGUGGUUGGUGGCGCAGUCCAGCAAGGUUUUCCUGAAGUUCUGCGUGGAGAGAAAAUGGGAUUUUAGGAUGAUGUGUGCCUCUGGUGGGAUGCCUUCUUCGCACUCGGCUCUGUGCACGGCAUUGACGGCUUCGGUAGCGCUUUGCCACGGAGUAGCCGACUCUUUGUUCCCAGUUUGUUUGGGUUUUAGCUUGAUUGUAAUGUACGAUGCUAUCGGUGUUCGACGCCAUGCCGGGAUGCAAGCGCAGGUUCUAAAUUUGAUUGUUGAGGAUUUAUUCAAAUGGCAUCCUAUGAGUCAAAGAAAGCUCAAGGAACUGCUUGGGCACACCCCAUCCCAGGUCAUUGCUGGAGCUGUGCUUGGUGUUUUGGUUGCUUGUAUAUGCUGUCAAGCAUGCUCUAUUGCAAUAUGAUGCGUAUUUCACCAGCUAUUCUGUGAUCAUAUAAGGCCAAGUAUUUUGUAUGUAUGUAUCAUGGUUUAGCUUUUGAAGGUUAACCAGCGAAACUAUAUAUGCAAAUGGGGGACAAUGAUAUAUAGUGUAUUUUUCAAAAGAUAUUCAUGGUA